UUGAUUUGUUUUUUUAAGUCGAUUUUCUUGUAAUAGUGAAAUUAAAUUGUGCUUUAAUGUCAAUCAACUUGAGUCUGUGACAUACCAUCUCCCAUGGUUCCAAAUGCGAGAUGAUGUAUAGGAACAUAAAACCCGCCUAAGCUGGAGCUUGUAGCAUAUUUGUAUUGAAAUACAAAAAUUUGAAAGGCUCUUAAGCGCUAAAACUUAAACAAAUUUCAGUUUACAAUUUUCUCUAAACACUGCUACAAUUAUUUUCUGUUAUUAUCAUAAUUGUAAUGAUAAUAUCUUGUCAAUUUCAUCAUCGAGCCGAUCGCCGAAUGUGAGCCGCCUAGUUUACAUCGAUACUGUCUUGAAUCGCCAUUUUGAAGUGUGCCAUUCAUCGUUCUUGUUGCGUACAUUUGGAAGAGGAAAUUUGUUAAAAAUAUUCGUUUUAUAUAUCAAUAUAUCAAAUUCUACGAAUAUUAGUUUUCCAAUAUCAUAUUGUGGACCUUAACAGUUCUGCGUUGAACAAAUCCUGAGCCGACGGAUAAUGGCUCAACAAACCAAACCGGUAAAAUUUGUGGUGCAGGAUCCAACACCAGGCAAAACUCAAAUUUUUCAUGUUGUGAACACGACAACAGGUGCACGUACUGCUGGAGUUACAGCCAUGAAAUCAUUUGUCACAAAAGAUAUUAAACUUAGUGGUUUGUCAAACCAUAGAAAGGAAGCAAUAGGUUUAUCUUCCGACAGUUUUGUCGAUACAGCAAGCAAUGUUAGCUCCACGGCCGUUAUUGGUGGACAGAAUUUUACGAUGCCUUUGGUACGAAAGCUCUCUCCUGGACAAAAAAUAAUCCCUGUUGGUGGCAAACCCAAAUUGUUUCUUCCUACAUCACCGUCUAACAAAAAUGCAAAUGGCAAAGUAGUUCUUACCCCAAAAGUGUACAAGGUUAUCUCCACGUCUUCUUCAUCACAUUCUGUCAGUAGAAAUUUAACAUUUUCUCCUUCUGCAAAUAGUUCUUUACAAACCAACGCAACAGCCGGUCAUACAAAUAAUACAGUUUUUGCUAAAACAUUGAGUAUGGGUGCUUCCAAUCGAAUUCCCUCUUCUCCAGUAAUGACGAAAUCAUCAUCAUUGACCGUGGUCAGCAACCCAUUUAGCACCACGGUGCGAUAUAAUGGCGACAGUAAAACUGCAUCUAUUUUAAAUAAACCACUGAAUACAAUCAGCGAAAUAGUGUCGCUUGAAAAAGGAGUCACCAAAAUUGCAACAAUUUCUAAGAGUUAUAGUGAAAGUGGGAAUGAUUCUCCACCCUACCUUCAGCUGUCCAGUGCAUCCGCAGUAAAAUCCCUACAAUCGAAUCACAGUUAUAAAGACCACCAACAGCAACAGCACUCAUACAGUAAAAAAACAUCUACAAGUCAAAUCCAUACUCCUGCAUCUCGACGCCAGAAAGCGGAUAAAGCAGGACGAGGUUUGCGACAUUUUUCAAUGAAGGUAUGUGAAAAGGUCAAAGCAAAAGGAACCACCACCUAUAACGAGGUAGCCAAUGAAUUAGUCGCAGAGGAAACUCAAAAUCAUAAUCAAGGAGUUGAUCCCGGAACAUAUGACCAAAAAAAUAUCAGGCGACGUGUUUAUGACGCUCUAAACGUGUUGAUGGCUAUGAAAAUUAUUUCCAAGGAAAAAAAAGAAAUUCGUUGGCACGGUUUACCAACGAGUAACACUUUACAGGAAUGUGAGGAAUUAGAGAAAGAAAAUGAAAAAGCCCGUCGUCGGAUUGAAAUAAAACAACAACAACUUCUUGAUCUGGUUCAACAGCAUGUCGCUUUGAAAUCUCUAAUUGCACGCAACAAAGCAAAUGAAGAACGAGGGCUGAUACCUAAUCCCAAUUCUGCGGUGCAAUUGCCAUUUAUUAUCGUAAAUACUGAUAGAAAAUCUAACAUUAAUUGCAACAUUUCAAAUGAUAAAUCUGAAUAUUCCUUCAAAUUCGAAGAUUCCUUUGAGAUUCAUGAUGAUGUACAAAUCUUAAAGCGUAUUGGAUUAUCAUUAGCUUUAGAAAAAGGGCACUACUCGGAAACAGAUCUUAAAAAGAUAAAAUCCAUGGUUCCAAAAGCUGUCGAAAAAUAUAUUGAUGUUUAUGGUCUUGGGUUCGAGCAAGAUGAUGUCGAUGACUGGGAAAUGAGUUCUCUGUACAACGGUCCUGAUAAUGAUGACAGUUUAUCUACCCAGGAUAUGCUCGCCUUCAAUGAUACCACUAAUGACAUGCUGGAUGAUGAAAUGAAAUUCGAAGAUGAUGAAGAUGAUUAGCUUACAAAUUAUGAAGACAAACAGAAAAGUCCUGACACUCUUCUGCUUAACUUGCCGUUAUACUUUUCGAUAUGUUUGACUUUUUUAUUAUUUCAUGUUUUGUUGUGGGAGAUACGUAUUACCAAACAACAUUUUCUGAAUUAAGACCAUUUGUUUGUCAACGUAAAAUUUUAUUAUGUUAAAAUUUUGCUUAUCGUAUAAAAAUCUUCAUUUUUCUUUGUGCUUACAUUCAUACAUAUAAUAUUGUAUUGUUAGUGAUACCCAUACGAAAUAUAUGGUUUCAGUUGUUGUCUCUUCUGCAUACGAUUUUCAGGUGUUGCCGGAAGGCAUAUUUAUAGCAAACGUUAACUUAGGCUUUUUUGCGAAAUCUAUCUGACAAUUUAGGAACCUUGAGUCACAGAGAAAUGAGAAUUUGAAGGUAUGGCAGUUUAUUUAUUAGUGCACCAGAGAGUACAGAAAAGAAAAAAAGUUCUUUUAUAGUCUUUUGAAAUUGCCCUUCUAAUUAAACUAUUCCAGCUAGGUUUGGUUAUGUGACAUCCUCGAUUUGCGUUUUUAUUUCUCUUUUAGCUAUUUCUCUAUUACACGAGAUGUUAAAGCGUCAGGAAGGAAUUAUGUUAUGGUGAAUCACCUGUCGUCUAUUAUACAAACAAGUCAAAUAAAUAAAAGAUCCGUCAAAAAGUUCA